AUAAGCAGGAAGUGGUGCUGGCAGAACCAGGCAACCAGGUCGUGGUGAGCUGGAAGAAGUGAGAUGUGAUGGCAGAUUUGUCUUUGUAUUUAACUAAUGUUAAUGUUUCACUGGGGCAAACCAUGGAAACUGAUAAGAGUCCAGGAGGAGCGACAGACUUUGAGAGCGUGGAAAUAGGAGACACUGCGGGUAGACAGGGGAGGGUGAAGGUUCCCCGCAGGACCAUCUUCUUUGCCAGUGGAGAGACAAUGGAGGAGUACAGCACCGAUGAAGAAGAAGAAGUGGAGGAGCCUGUGAAGAGGGAUGUCGUCACUGUUGAUCCGUCCAAGCUGACCUGGGGUCCAUAUUUCUGGUUCCACAUGUGGAGAAUGGGCACCUCCACUAUCUCAGUGUGUGACUACAUGGGAGAGAGACUGGCCUCUCUGUUUGGCAUCACUUCUCCGAAAUACCAGUAUGCUAUCGAUGAGUACUACCGUAUAAAGAAAGAGGAGGAGGAGGAAGAGGAGGAGAACCAUCUGUCUGAGAUGGCUGAGCGCCGGUUUGCGGAGCAGGCAGAACCUCACCCUGCAACUGUAGAGCAGCCAGAAUCGUCUGGAGCCUCCUUUGUAAAUAUUAGCUUUGAGCUGGAACCUGAACCUUCUCUCAACGCUGCAGACACCAACAGAGUCCCCUCUCCCCUCCCUUCCUGAAAACUGACCCACAGCACUACCAUCCACAAAUUUCUAUUCGUUGGCAAAACCUUAAUUUACUCAGCUGUAUAGAUUAAUAAUAUUAUGGUUUUUCUACAUUUUUAUUAUAUAAAAAGAUCUUAGUACACAGUGCAGGGAAACAUUAAAAGGGCUGUAGAAGUGACCACACUAUCCUUAUCUGUGAAUGUAAGUGCGUGUAUAGUUUGAAAUCAUAUGCAAGACUGAGUUUGCUGACCUGAAUUGGACUGGGCUCCACUCACUUUGCAUUGAUUGCAAAAAAUGCUGGAUGUAUUGAGAAAUAGUUAUCAAAGUCUUUGCAUUGAUUUUAAAUGAAUGGAAAUCCACCCUAAACUGUAUAGAGAACAAAGUGAAUUGGCCCCAGUCCUGAAUUAAGAACAGGAACAGACACGUGCUACAUCUACUGAACAGUUGUUGAUCCUGCUAUUACAUAUAUGCAAAGACAUUUCAUUAAUUAAUAAGCAGGCGAGUGAUGACAGCAGAAGCUAAAACUGAUUAAACGUCAUUUAUAAUUUCAACAUAAUAUAUAUUCAGAACGGUAACCCUGCUUCUGCCUUUAAGUAGUCAUGUAUAUUUCCUCAAGGCUAAUUAGAGUUCUUGCUCUUUGAAAAAAACUUGUGUAAUAUGUUGACUUAUUAACAGAAUGCUGGUUAAUUAAAGUGCUAAAUUCAUAGGUAUGAUGUUUGGUUUCACAGAUUAAUAAUUGCUAAGAUAUAUUUGUAUUUCCAGAGCAAAACAAUUUGCUUACAUGUUUUAUUUAUUAAAUCUUUACUUAAAAGCACAAUAACAACAAUACAGUAUUUGCUGAUAUUACAAAGUGUGCUAAUAUAUAAUUUACACUUUAGUUAAUUUGUGAUAAUAAAAAUAAAUUAAAGAAAUACAAACAAGCCGGAGCGUAUAGCAGAUUGAAAAUGGAGGCAGUGUGAAGAUGACUGGGCUUAGUGUAUCGCUAGACUCCUGUGUACUAUAGUGUCUGUAAGAUGAAGUUUGUUGCAUUGUUUCUUAAGGUGUCACAGCAGCAGUUGGAUACUUUUGUGCAGGUUGAUUUGAAGCAGGGCAAGAAGCAGCAGGUUGAUCAAAAUCGACUUCAAUCUGUCUUUUCUUUCUACUAGUAGCAAUGUAAAGAAAGAAGUGUUUCUGUGAUGAAACUUAAAUUGGUUGACAAACAGAACCAUUUAUCUAGUGCUUAUUGUUCUCUCUUGGAAAUGUUAAAAGUGCAAAUUUUUAGCCAAUAUAGAUUAAAUAAUACCAAUAUAGUUCAAAUCUGCUAGUACUCAAAUGUAUUGAUCUACACUGGCCUGAAAGGCUGCCCACAUAUAGUGCUACUACCUUGAUGUGUGUGUUCUUAAAGUGUCCUUGUAGAAGCUUUUCAUAUGACUGUUUAGCUGCGCAACCGGCGUAAUGCUGAGACAGAGCAAUCGUAAG